AUGUUGGUCCUUCGAGUUUCCGUACACAGGCAGAGCCACCACAUUGGCCGGCUGCCAGGGCAAGCUUUGUUCGCCGGCAUUCUGAACAUUCGGAGGUCUAUACACACACCCCCGGUGCAAACGAAGCACCAUUCUCCUAUCAAGGAUAUCAGAAACAUCGGGAUCAUCGCCCAUGUUGAUGCAGGCAAGACGACGACAACUGAGCGCAUGCUGUACUACAGCGGUGUGACGCAUCGUGUUGGAGAUGUUGAUGCAGGGAACACAGUGACCGACUUCCUCGACCUGGAGCGAGAGAGAGGCAUCACGAUUCAGUCAGCCGCCAUCACUUUUAACUGGCCCCUCCCUGAAGAGUGCCCACAAGGCACACGCCCGAAGACAAUCAACCUCAUUGACACUCCGGGCCAUCAGGACUUCAGAUUCGAGGUUGACAGAUGUUUACCCGUCCUCGAUGGCGCUGUGUGCAUCAUUGACUCGGUCAAGGGCGUGGAAGCUCACACGGAAAGAGUGUGGGCUUCAGCGCACGAUCACAAGAUCCCCCGCAUCGUUUUCGUCAACAAGCUCGACCGAGACGGCGCCUCCUUCCGCAAGUCCGUCUUGGAAAUCGGCUCCCGUCUAAACGGAUGGCCGCUCGUCUGUCAAAUUCCUUGGUGGGACGGCGAACAGUUCGUGGGCGUCAUUGACAUCAUUGAUCGUGUUGGUUACCGAUGGAAGACGGAAAAGCAAAAGACCAAGUACGAGUUUGCAGAACUAAAAGUGGUGCUCUCGGGCAAUCCCUUACUUGAGGAGAUAGAGAAAGCUCGCGAGCGCCUUGUUGAGGGCCUUGCUGAGUGGGAUGAGGCUAUUAUGGACUUGUUUGCGGACGACCACAGCAAGAUCACUGGGAAGAUGCUCAAGGAAAGCGUCCGGAGAGCCAUCCGCAGCGGCGAUGGUACCGUCAUCCCCGUCCUGGCGGGUGCAAGCUUCCGGCACAUUGGCGUCGAACCCCUGAUGGACGCCAUCGUCGAUUAUCUCCCCAGCCCCGACGAACGUCCUGAGCUCGAGAUCCGAGCAGGCCCAGCGAAGCACAACCUGGUAAAGCUCCUGGAAGGAAACACGGAAAAGAAGUCAGGAAACCACCGUAUAGCUGCUGUGGCCUCAGUCUUCAAGGUCUACAACCAUCCCAAAGAGGGGAUUCUGAGCUUCGUGCGUGUCUACUUUGGCGAACUCCACAGGAACUCGUCUACCUGGAACACGCACAACCAGGGGGCCGAGCGGCCAUUUGGCUUGUUGCAGAUUUCCGCGGCCAAGACGGAAGACGUACAGCACCUUGCGACGGGUCAGAUCGGCGCCAUCAAGGGCUUGAAGAAGGCUCGCACGGGCGAUACGAUUCUCACAGCUGUAGGCCAGAGACAGAUUCCGGAUGCGCUCAAGCACAUUCAAAUUCGACCACCAGAGAUUCCACCUCCAGUGGCUUUCCUCGCCAUUGACCCGCAUGGGCCAACUGCGGCCAAGGAGCUGGAGGUCGCACUGGAGAACGCGUCCCGAGAGGACCCCAGCUUGAGGUGGAACCGCGACGAGAAGACUGAGCAAUUCGUUCUCCAGGGCAUGGGCAAGCUGCAUCUGGACAUUGCCGUUUACAACCUGAAGCAGAACCCCAAGGUCCAGGCUGACUUUGGGCCCAUCGAGGUUGACUACAAGGAGUGCAUAACCUCUCCAGUCGGGCCGCAUCACGUCAGCUUCGACAGGGUUGUCGCGAGCAAGUCGGGCAAGGUAUCGUGUAGCGCCGUCCUUGAGCCCCUGGAAGACCACCACCGUCAAGCCGCCCUGGAGCCCACCGUAGAGCGCGACGGCAACAUGAUCCACGUCAUCAUCAACCUGCCCGAGGAUGGCAUCGCCAGCUUUGACCCGGAAGAAGCCCGCCAGCAGCUCAUUAACGGUGUCGUCUCCGCGGUGGCCCGCGGCCCGCGUCGUGGCUCCCCUGUGCAAGGCUGUCACAUCACUAUUACUGUUGACGCCGAGUCCACCGAGAACCCGUCAGGCGGUCACUUCACUGGCGCCGCGUCGCGCGCCGUGCGCGAGGCCCUCCGCGAGGCGCACACCGUCCAGCGAGCCGUCGGCAUCCUCGAACCCGUCAUGCUGGUGCAUAUCAGCUGCCCCGAAGCGGCGGCGGGUAUGGUGCAGCACGACAUCUCCUCCGGGGCGGGCGGGCACGUGCUCGAGGUAAACGACAAGUCGGCUGAGUCGAGCUCCCGCAUCGACGUGAGCAGGAUCUACGCACCACCAGACCCGUAUGAGACGGUGGCGUCACUUCGGGGGAAGAAGUCGUUGGCGCGGACGGUGGAGAUCGUGGCCAAAUUGCCGUUCAAGGAAAUGCUCAACUUCGAUGAGCACCUACGUGGUAAGACAGGUGGUCGGCAUUCGAUGACGAUGGCAUUCGACAGUUUCGACCGUGUCGUUGGCUCGCGAGAGAAGGCGCUGUGA